UCGGUCCACGCUGCCCGCCUCGCCGCCCACCCAGCGUCCGCUGCCGCCAUGGGAGUGCAGGUGGAGACCAUCUCCCCCGGAGACGGGCGCACCUUCCCGAAGCGCGGCCAGACCUGCGUGGUGCACUACACCGGGAUGCUUGAAGAUGGAAAGAAAUUCGAUUCCUCCCUGGACAGGAACAAGCCCUUUAAGUUUAUGCUGGGCAAGCAGGAGGUGAGCCGAGGCUGGGAAGAAGGGGUCGCCCAGAUGAGUGUGGGUCAGAGAGCCAAACUGACCAUCUCCCCAGACUAUGCCUAUGGUGCCACUGGGCACCCAGGCAUCCUCCCACCACAUGCCACUCUCGUCUUCGAUGUGGAGCUUCUAAAACUGGAAUGACAGGAAUGGCCUCCUCCCUUAGUUCCCUGUUCUUGGAUCUGCCAUGGAGGGUCUGGUGCUCCAGACACGUGCACAUGAAUCCAUCCGGAGCUUUUCCUGCAGUUCCACUAUGCCCUCUGUACAAAUAUCUGCCCGACUGAAUGUGUUCUGUCACUCAGCUUUGCUUCUCACACCCCUGCUUACUCUUCCUUCCCCUUGUAUGUGUGAUCACCUAAACCAUACGCCAUAAACCUCAAGUGACUCGAUUUAUUCUGUUCUCGUUUUGGGGUGAAGAUUCAGUUUCCAUCUUGGGUCUAGGUUUCCAGCGAAGAUGUGGUCAGGUGUUAACAGCACAAGUGAUGGGUUCACUUUAGAACAGGAAUUGGUGUUGGGGAACGGGGUUUGCAAGAAUCUUUAUUUUAUUUUUAUUUUUUGGAUGAGGUUUGUAUCUAUUAUGUAUUAAACAGUCUUGCUGCGGCACUGCAAAGCCACAGCAGAAGUGAGAUGCUGCUGAGGGCUGAGAGGUCCUCGGGGUAGAGUAACAGCCCUGCCCAGACUGAAGUGGGGACAGGAGAG